AUGGCCAAGCUCUGGUUCAAGUUCCAGCGGUACGUCCGCCGAAAACCCGUGCGCUUCUUUACCUUCCUGGUGCUCUACCUGACGGCCGGGAGCCUCGUCUUCCUGCACGCCGGCUUCGUGGGCCAGCCCGCCGUCCCCCAGAACCAGGCCAGUGCCGCCGCCAUAGCUGCCGCCGCCGCCGCUGCUGGGGCCCCAGCCGAGGGCGCCGAGCUGCCCUUCCUGGAAGACUGGCACCUGGGCAGAGGCUUCAGGGACGCGGGGGAGACCUUGAGCCUCGCCCGCAGAUACGGACACGGACCCUGGUUCAAGGGCAAAGAUGGGAUGGAGAGAGCCAAGCUGGGCGACUAUGGAGGCGGAGCCUGGAGCCGAGCCCUCAAGGGGAGGGCUGUCCGGGAGAAGGAGGAGGAGCGAGCCAAGUACAUUGGCUGCUACCUGGACAACACCCAGAGUCGGGCCCUGCGAGGCGUGUCCUUUUUCGACUACAAAAAGAUGACCGUCUUCCGUUGCCAGGACAACUGCGCAGAACGGGGUUACCUGUAUGCCGGGCUGGAGUUCGGCGCCGAGUGCUACUGCGGCCACAAGAUCCAGGCGGCCAACGUGAGCGAGGCCGAGUGCGACAUGGAGUGCAAGGGCGAGCGGGGCAGCCUGUGCGGCGGCGCCAAUCGCCUCUCGGUCUACCGGCUGCAGCUGGCCCAGGAGUCGGCCCGCAGGUAUGGCAGUGCGGUCUUCCGAGGCUGCUUCCGCCGGCCCGGCAACCUCUCCCUGGCCCUGCCCGUGACGGCCGCCAUGCCAAACAUGUCCGUGGACAAGUGCGUGGACUUCUGCACAGAGAAGGAGUACCCGCUGGCGGCCCUCGCGGGCACCGAGUGCCACUGUGGCUUCCCCACCACGCGCUUCCCCCUGCACGAGAGGGAAGACGAGCAGCUGUGCGCCCAGAAGUGCAGCGCGGAGGAGUUUGAGAGCUGCGGGACCCCCAGCUACUUCAUCGUGUACCAGACACAGGUGCAGGACAACCGCUGCAUGGACAGAAGGUUCCUCCCAGCCAAGUCCAAGCAGCUCAUCGCUCUGGCCAGCUUCCCAGGUGCCGGCAACACGUGGGCCCGCCACCUCAUCGAGCUGGCCACCGGCUUCUACACCGGCAGCUACUACUUCGACGGUUCUCUCUACAACAAGGGGUUCAAAGGCGAGCGGGACCACUGGCGCAGCGGGAGGACCAUCUGCAUCAAGACGCACGAGAGCGGCCAGAAGGAGAUCGAGGCCUUCGACGCCGCCAUCCUGCUCAUCCGCAACCCCUACAAGGCCCUCAUGGCCGAGUUCAAUCGCAAGUACGGCGGCCACAUCGGCUUCGCCGCGCACGCGCACUGGAAGGGCAAAGAGUGGCCCGAGUUCGUGCGGAACUACGCGCCGUGGUGGGCCACGCACACGCUGGACUGGCUCAAGUUCGGCAAGAAGGUGCUGGUGGUGCACUUCGAGGACCUGAAGCGGGACCUGUUCGCCCAGCUGGGCCGCAUGGUGCGCCUGCUGGGCGUGGCCGCGCGCGAGGACCGGCUGCUGUGCGUGGAGAGCCAGAAGGACGGCAACUUCAAGCGCUCGGGGCUGCGCAAGCUGGAGUACGACCCCUACACGGCGGACAUGCAGCGCACCAUCCAGGCCUACAUCAAGCUGGUGGACGCGGCCCUGAGGGGGCGGAACCUCACGGGCGUGCCCGAGGACUACUACCCCAGAUGA